CUGCCAGGAGCUCGGCCGGAAGAUGGCGGCGGCCGCAGAGCUGACACUGCUGGAGAAGUCUCUGGGGCUGAGUAAAGGGAACAAAUACAGCGCCCAGGGCGAACGCCAGAUUCCAGUUCUUCAAACAAACAAUGGCCCAAGUCUAACAGGAUUGACUACUAUAGCUGCUCAUCUAGUCAAGCAAGCCAACAAAGAACAUUUGCUUGGGAGCACAGCAGAAGAAAAAGCAAUAGUUCAACAGUGGUUAGAGUACAGGGUAACUCGGGUAGACGGACACUCCAGCAAAGAUGACAUCCGCACUCUGUUGAAGGAUCUUAAUUCAUAUCUUGAAGAUAAAGUCUACCUUACAGGAUAUAACUUUACCUUAGCAGAUAUCCUAUUAUACUAUGGACUUCAUCGCUUUAUAAUUGUUAAUUCCUUGAGAGCAGAGACUAUCUUUUCCCUUGCAUAUCCAGCCCUCAAAACGAUGACUGGCACACAACAGUAGAUGCUCAUUCAACUUAUGGUCCAAGACAGCUAUUGGAGCUCCAGACAUCAAGUCCAUGAUCAAGACCCCAAGAAAGAGAAGAGGAAGGCAGAAAGACUCCUCCCCCACCAAAGCCAGUCCACUUGAAGGACCUUUCCUGGAAGCCCUGUUCAGCAGUAUCUAUUUACAUAUCUUUGGCCAUCCCAACUGGGAGUGAGGGCAGAAAUAUAGUUCCUUUAGACCACACAUGCCAUCCUGAAUAAAACCUGUGCUCUGUCAAUGAGAAAGAAGGAAAAAAGGGAUACUAGGUAGGCAGCUAGCAGCCUCUGUCAAAAUAGGUAGUAUUUAAAUGGGAAAAUACCUUCUGAAUGCCAAAUAAUCAAGUUGUAAAAGAAUUUUCAUUAGUAAAUUGUUGACAUUCCAUGGGUCAUCAAUUUGGAAAGAAUUAGAAUACAAUAAAAUAAAUACUUUUCACUGGCCACAAUUUUCAUGAUUCAGAAGCUAUUUCAAGAUCCUGCAGUAUUUAGAGUUAUGUGGAUCUGUUAAUGCACUUUUACUAACAACAACAAUAAUAGCUAACAUUUAUUGAGCAGUUACGUAUCAGGCACCAUUCCAAGAGCUUUAAGUGAAUUCACUCCUUAUUAUCCCCUUUUUGCAGAUCGUGAAACUGAGGCACAGAUUGAUUAAGGAACUUGCCCAGGGUCACACAACCAGUACCAGGGGGCUGGGAUUCAGACUACCAUCUGGCUCAAACUUAACCUCUAAGCCAUUUUACUGGUGUGCCAGUAAAGUUCUACUUAAUCAACUUGUGAAAUUAGUUAUUACCAACCUUAGAAAAAGCUGUCCUGGGCAUUGGAUAAAGCAAAUGUGUACAUAACUUCAAGAAUAAAUGAGAUGGUUACACAAUUCUGAGUAUAACUAAAACCCCCUGACUUGUACACUUUAAAUGGGUGAUUUUGUGAUAUGUGAAUUAUAGCCCACUAAAGCAGUUUUUUAAAAAAAGGAGUGAAAUCAAAUACAUCAGCCUCACCAUAGAUUAAUUGUUAGACCUUGGAUAAGUCACUGCACAUGAAAUUCUCCUUAUGAAGUAGAGGUAAGAUCACUGAUCUCACUGUUGAACUUGCAGUGAGACUGUAUAAAAAUUACCUAGCAACAGUGCCUAGCACACAGAAAGUGAUCAGAAAAGGACAAACUGCCAUGGAAGACUGUAAAAUCAAAACCUAGAGUUUUAUAAAGUCAAAUUCUCACGUCUUUCCCCCCCUUCUGUCCCUGAGGCAUCUGUUCAACAUGAGCCCAUCUGAGAUAAGUUGGCAGAGCAUCUGGUGAUUUUGGUAAAACACGAAUUCAUUGUAUGACUUUCCAGUUUAAAAAUCUCUGGUCCUCACAUCUCUCAAGCUGUUGGAAAAAGGGACCAUACUAUUUUUUUUCUCUAAAGACAAUGAAACUCCUCUAAAAGAAAGUGGGGCCAUCUUUGUGCAUGCUAUUCCUUCUGAAAAGUGAAUGCCCCUUUCCAACCAUUGUUUUUCUGUAAUUCCCAGAAGCCUGCAGCACUGAUCAUUCAAUAAUCCCUCAAAUAUUUACUUAGCACUGACUAUGUAUCAGGCACUCUGCUGGGCUCUGGGGAUAGCACAAUUACAUCAUUGCCCUCAUACAGUUUGCAAUCCAAUGGUCUGUGAACAAAUCCCUGAAACCGCAAAAUUCUUUGGAAAACCACCAGCCACUCAGCAUUCUUUGAAAGUAAAUAAAAAUAAUCAGAUACCACUUACUGAGUGUCUACUAUGUUCUGGGCUCUGUACCAGGCACUUGAUAACAUUCUCAUCAUCUCAUUUUAACCUAGGAGCUAAAGUGGAGGCAGAGACUAACCCACACGCUGACCAACAUCUCAAUUAGACCAUAGCUGGAGUCCGUGAGAAUUGUACAAUUUCAGAGUUAGAGGAUGUAAUCUGUCACCAUACUAGGCACUGGGGUUGAUUUGGCUGCCCUGACUAGAUCCAUGGCACAGUCUCUAUCCACGUGCAACUUUUCAAGAACAGAUAAAAAAUUCCAAAUAGGGAAGGAUCAUUCUUCAGUCAAGGAUCUAUGAAUUUUUAAUUAAUUAAAAUAAAUACUGAUUUUAAAACAAAUAGAAAUAAUAGAACCGGAGGCAAUAUCAAAAGGCCAUUUGUCUUUCUACACAGUUAUACCCAAAGCAUCCAAGACGUCAUGAAGUAUUUUGGUGAAGUUCUGUGGUAGUAAAUCUCCUUCAAGUAGUUACUGUCACAAUAUGGUAGAAAAAGUGACAUAACUUCAAGAAACACAAAAUUAUCCAUCUGUGACCUGACUUCCCAGUUAAAUUGUACCCCAUCCCCAUCCAGAUUCAGCAAUAGAUUAUUGCACUGAGGUUUAUAACAGAUACGUGGGCAUUCUCAUUUUUACUCCCUGUUAAAGGUAGGUCCUCCACUGGCUCCACCCAAUUAAACCUGAAGCCAUAGUUAACCACAGUCAGUAAUAGGCACAUUAGGUUUCCUGCAGGGAUGAAGGCAGGAAGGAUGAGUGGAAUGAAUGGGAACAUCACCCACUGGCAGUGCUGAGUUUUGCUAGAUUAGGUAGCAAAACUCACCCACUGGCUUUAGAGCCCUGCUGAAAAUCCUUCCAGAAUAGCUUUAAGAUGUGUUGAUAAAAAUUUAAGCAGAUAUAUUGUUAGGAAAGAAUAGAACUCUAUUAUAAUCAGAUACAUGUACAUCACAUCAAAAGAUUAAAUACACAACUAUUUGACAUGUA